CUGAAUGCUAGCUCCCUUCCCGAAGUUCCAAACAGAUCUGAGGUCACUACACCUGUCGAUUGUGGAGCUUCCUCUCGUCGCGUCCAUCGUUCAUCUCCACCACUGUUGCAGAAAAGCAUCUGAAAUUCCACCAACUCGCUGCAACUAGUCCAUCAUAACCGGACUCGCCAGCCACCGCCGACUUCUCCCAAACCCUCACUCCGCGUGCUGUGCCUAUAGACACUGCCUGAACUCCACUCCGAAUUCCCCACGUCCUUUCAUUCUUUUCUAACACCACCGGAGCUUGUGCUUAUACCUGUCUUAGCCAGAGUUCUCCUGACCGUACCCGAGGCCUCUGUCCUCGUGUCCGGUCAACCUCCCGCCACCUAAAGUGCCGUAACCGUGCUCCGGUGUCCGCCCCUCGACUUCUCGCCUAACAAUCCUCAGGGAGGACUUAUUCCUAUGCAAGGGGCGGCCUCACCUUUGUAUCAUUAAAGUAUAAACCCUAUGUGCAAAGAAACAACAUUUGAAUGCGGUUUCUCAAAUGAUCUGUAGAGACCUUAUGAUUCAUCAACACGAAAAUGGGAUGCUCAUGUGUCAAAAUUUUCAAGCUGCUGCUUUUAUACAUCUUAUUGUCAUGCACCUUGCUAGAUGAAGCCCAUACUCUUAGCCCUGAUGGUCAAGCGCUUAAUAACUUCAGAAUAGCAAUAAUGAGUUCAGAUGGGGUCUUUAAAUUUUGGAGACAAGAAGACACCGACCCGUGUAGUUGGAAUGGAGUUAAGUGUGACCCAAAGUCCAAGCGUGUUAUAUCCUUGACCCUCCCUAAUCACAAGCUGAGUGGACCUAUAUCACCAGAUAUUGGGAAGCUAGAGAAGUUGCAAUUCUUAGUGCUUCAUGACAAUAACUUUUAUGGGACAAUACCUCUUGAACUUGGAAACUGUACAAAGUUGAAAUCUUUGCUUUUGCAGGGUAAUUAUUUGAGUGGAAUGAUCCCCGAUCAAUUGGGAAACCUUUCUUAUCUUGAAAAUAUGGAUCUUUCAGGCAACUCUCUCAGUGGAAAUAUUCCACAAUCACUUGGGAAGUUAGAAAAACUAAGAACACUCAAUGUAUCAAAUAAUUUUCUGACUGGGCAAAUACCUUCGGAUAGCCAUCUUGCGAACUUCAGAAAAGACUCAUUUUUUGGAAACCGUAAUUUAUGUGGACAACAAAUUGAUUCAGUCUGCAAACAAAAUGCUGGAGGUUCUACGCCAACCUAUCAGCCUCCCAAUUCCGGUCAUGAUAAGAAAAUUUCUGAGAAAGUGCUAAUAUCUGCAUCUGUUACCGUUGGGGCUUUGCUUUUGGUGGCUUUGAUGUGUUACUGGGGCUGCCUCCUCUACAAGAGAUUUGCUAAAAAUGAAAAUGGAAGCUUGGCUAAGGACGUUGGUUCAGGUGCCUCAAUUGUGAUGUUCCACGGAGAUUUGCCAUACUCAUCAAAGGAUAUAAUAAGGAAUUUAGAAUUACUGAAUGAAGAACACAUAAUUGGUUCUGGGGGGUUUGGAACUGUGUACAGGCUUGUAAUGGAUGAUGGCAAUGCAUUUGCAUUGAAAAGAAUUCUCAAAAUAAAUGAGCGUUUUGAUAGGUUUUUUGAAAGGGAACUUGAAAUCCUGGGAAGCAUUAAGCACAGGCACUUGGUAAAUCUGCGAGGAUAUUGCAAUUCUCCCACAUCAAAGCUGUUAAUAUAUGAUUUCUUACCAGGAGGCAGCCUAGAUGAAGUUCUACAUGAUAGAUCUGAGCAAUUAGACUGGGAUACACGAGUGACUAUAAUAAUGGGAGCUGCAAAAGGGCUUGCAUAUUUGCAUCAUGAUUGUUCACCACGAAUAAUACAUCGUGACAUAAAGUCUAGUAACAUCUUACUAGAUGGGAAUUUUGAAGCACGCGUAUCUGACUUUGGAUUGGCCAAGCUACUUGAGGAUGAGGAGUCCCACAUCACUACAAUUGUGGCUGGCACCUUUGGUUAUUUAGCUCCAGAAUACAUGCAGAGUGGUCGAGCCACAGAGAAGACAGAUGUUUACAGUUUUGGUGUUUUGGUUCUUGAAAUACUGAGCGGAAAGCGUCCAACUGAUGCAUCUUUCAUUGAAAAGGGUCUAAACAUUGUUGGUUGGUUGAAUUUUCUGGCGACAGAGAACAGGCAACAGGAAAUAGCAGAUCCAAACUGCGACAGAGCGCAGGCCGAGAGUAGCUUUGAUGCAUUGCUCUCAAUUGCAAUACAAUGCGUCUCUUCGAAUCCGGAGGAUAGGCCCACGAUGCACAGGGUACUCCAGAUUCUUGAAUCUGAAGUGAUGACCCCUUGCCCCAGCGACUUCUACGACUCCAGCUCAGACUGAUGGAUGCAUCACCGUUACGCUCAUGAAUUGAAAUUGUGAGUGUUCUCAUACUCCCAUUCUUAUUCUUUCUCCUUUAGCCUUUUUCCUUUAUAAUCCCCACAGUGGCUGAUUUUGCUGUGAUGGCCUUGUUUGGUUUCUGUUUUGAAAUCCUAGUAGUGUUUGUUUGCCUUGCCUUUGUUUUCUCAUCUAUUUAUUUCCACCUUUUUUUUUCAAGUAGCCUUUUUUAUUGUAUUUUCUUGUGCAGUAUUGUCACAUUUGGUUGUAUAUGAAAUGUCAGAUAUAUACUAUCAUCAUCCAGACUGCCAACCAAUCCCAUUUUGUAAUUAUUACGGAUUAUGAUAAUGCCAUCACUCUUAAAAUUGAGUUUG